AUGGCCAGUGUGGGAACUCCCGACGUCCAAGAUGACGUCGAUCUCAUGAUGCUGGAUCAGCUGGCAUGCGUGGCAAUUGACAAGAUAAUCGCUACAGCCAAUACCCCCUUCCCUAGCUCCGAACUGCAAGAUGAGGUGAACUGGACGAUCACACCUGUGAAAUCCCUGAAAGCUGUGAUUGCCACCCAUCAGCCGGACAGCCCCCUGCCGUUGGACCUUGCGAUCAAAUUGCGGAUUUUCGACUUGGUCUGUCUUCUCUGGAACUACCCCCACCCGGACACGACACGUCGCGCCCAGGGUGACAAAACCCCAUACCUAAAGGAUAUCGGGGAUCAGUUCCUGGGACUGGGCUCGCUCGCGGUUUCCAAGGUCUCCGAGACGCGUUGGUUCGACCUAGGCGCCCGUUUCAUGAUCCAGGCCGCGCUGGAGGAGCAUUUCUUGGAGAUCACACCCCGAGGAGCACUCCGCACCUUCUACUCAUGGCACCCGAAUGGUGACCAGCGAAUCUCCAGAUGGUCGGAUGUCCGCGAACGCUAUGCGGCAGACAUACCAGACUCCCCGGAUGACGAGGCCAGGUGGGAAUCGCUCUACCACGGGUAUUCAUGGGCCCCGUUCAAAGCUACCGUGAUCGACUUCCUUUUCGAGCUCAUGACCACACUCGACCCGCCUAUCCUCAUUCAGCUCGAACAAGGCAAGCUCGGUAGCCUGACCCCUGCUGAAACUCAACAGCUGAAGCAGCGGAUCGGCUGGCGCUGAACGACCCACGUGCUGCCAAUUGAGAGAAACGCAUAUUCCUAGGUGAAUCGGAAGGGAGGGGCGGGGAGGGUGGUGGGUGGCGGUGAAAAUCGCCCGAAAGCCUCUCCAUUCCGAUUGCUAUUUGACACCCCCAACUCGAGCGGGCGGACGGGCCACAGUCUGCUAAGACUCGAGGACCUGCGUCCACCAGGAGUGCGCACAGAAGAGAAUCACGACCACCCUUUGUUCCCCUCUUUGCCCACGAGAAUUCAUCCCUACACCGAAUCUAAAUGUCCGGAGCACGACGACCGCGCAAAGAAGAGGCUACGCCGAAUGGGCUACUCCAAAACACUACACACUCAAAAACACCUCAACUGGGUAGGGUCAGUGACAUGGCAGUAAUAUUUUAGAAUUCGAAUAAUCUACAGAGGGUGACAAUGGCGGCUCUAAGCACGACAGACGCAAAUCAACCGAUAGGGUACCGAGGGUGGAAUCGUUUAACCGAGGAGCAUGCGGCGGGGGUCCUCAAUGUACUCCUUGACCUGUGAGGGGGAUGAGAAUCUGGUUCAAAUAUGAAGCGUUCCGAUUUGGAUAUCCAACAACGUACCUUGACAAGGAAAGUGACAGCCUCACGGCCAUCCAAGAGACGGUGGUCGUAGGUGAGAGCGAGGUACAUCAUCUGAGGUUGGCAAAGUAUCAAUAUCCAGUGACCACAAUGGGGAAGGGGAAGAGGAGCGAGAGAGGGCUAUCUUACCGGGCGAAUCUCAACCUUGCCAUUCACAGCGACGGGCUUGUCCUUGAUGGCGUGGAGACCGAGGACGGCUGAAGAAAAAUAAUUUGUUAGUCACGCUUGAAGGAAGAAUUUCUGGGACGAGAGAGAUGCCUACCAGUCUGGGGAAGGUUGAUGAUGGGAGUGCCCAUCAGGGAGCCGAAGACACCACCCUGGAGGCUGUGUUAGCAAAGAUAGUCCUAUCAUUACAAUAAUCAAAGACCUCAACUCACGUUGCUGAUAGUGAAAGUACCGCCGGCCAUAUCCUCAAUGGUCAGCUUGUUGUCGCGAGCCUAUCGUCCAGUGUUAGUAGAUCGUACUCGUCUUAUUACAUAGAGCACCUCUCUGCUUUACCUUCUUGCCCAGCUCGGCGAUCGACUGCUCAAUGCCGACCAGGUCCAUGGUCUCGGUGUUGCGAACAACCGGGGUGACCAGACCCUUCUCGGUAGCAACAGCAACACUGAUGUCGACGUAGUCACGGUAGACGAUGGUGUCACCGCCGUUGGGGCCCUCAAUGGAGGCAUUGACGGCGGGGACGUCCUUCAUGGCCAGCACGCAAGCCCGGGAGAAAGCGCUCAUGAAGCCCAGCUUGACACCGGUCUUCUUGAGAACAUCAUCCUUGUACAGCUUGCGGAACUCCAUCAGAGAGGACAUGUCAACCUCGUUGAAGGUAGUCAGCGAAGCAGCAGUGUUCUGGGACUGCUUCAGACGCUCAGCAAUGCGCAGACGCAUGCGGUUCAUCUUGAC